ACCGCAGGACGGGUCACACUCAUCAGCUGCCCGUGCGUGCAUGUGCCGGUUUAUAUUGCUCCACUCCGCACUUGGACUUUAACCAGCGCCCACUACAACUUUAAGAAAUAAAUGACUUGUUUUUCCUCUUCUGCAGGAAAUCACAUGGAGGUGCUCUUGCGCUCACAUGACCGUCUGAGCGAUGGCAGGAGAGAUCAAUGAAGGUGUUGUUCCCUCUUUUAGGAUCAGUUCCUGCCUAUUACAGGGAAGUGUAUGAGGCCAUCCGCUGUAGGACAGAUGAGAGAGUGCAGGUUGAAGUUUUUCAGCGGUUGCUCCAAAGGACCGAUCUCUCCAAGACGGUUGUAGGCCAGAUUGCUGAGCACGUUGACUCCUCGGAUGGGUUCCUGAGCAAGUUGUCCCUCUACAAAGUGCUCGCUCUGAUUGCCCUCGCUCAGCAAGGAAAGCCACCGAGUCCCAAGCUCCUGGAGGUCUGCAUACAAGAGUUACCAAAACCUCAUCUCGGGGAGCCGAGGGACCUGAAGGCAUUGAGGAUGCAGCCGGCUCAGGAGGACGUCCUGACGAUGUCCCAGACGCUGGACAAGCUGCUGGUCAGAGACACGGUCCAGCUGGAGCUCAUCCCUGAGAAGAAGGGCUUGUUCCUCAAACAUGUGGAGUACCAGGUCACCAGCCAGCGUUAUAAGAUAUCAGUUUACCGGCGCUACAGUGAUUUUGAUGUCUUCCAUGAGGUUUUGCUCCAGAGGUUCGCCUACAGGGUGGUGCCGGCGCUGCCGCCUAAAAGGAUGUUGAAGGGAGUGCUGACCUCCGUCUCUGAGCGCGAGUUCAUUGAGGGGAGGAGACGCGCCCUCGGCAGAUUUAUUAACCUGGUGGCGCGGCAUCCCUUCUUCUCGGAGGACGAGCUGGUCAGGACCUUCCUCACCUUCAGCGGCUCCGAUGUCCAGACCAAGCUGCGUGACACUUCCAAGAAAACGGGCGAUGAGUUCAUGACCAACAGACUCGCCACCCAGGCCAAGGAAUAUCUCCCCGCUGACAUCCAGGCUCAGUUCUCGGCGAGCAGAGAGCUGAUUAGAAAUAUUCACAACAGCUUCCAGAAGCUGCGCGACCGAGCCGAGAAAAUGGCGGAGCGCUCGAAGGAGAACGCGACAGAUCUUCUCAUGUUUGGCAGAGAGCUCAGUACUCUGGGCUCCGAUGCGUCACCUCUGCCCUCCUUGGCCUCCUCACAGAGCACCUGGGGGACGCUCCGGCAGUCUCUGAAGAGUCUGUCUGUGGAGUUCGCUGUGCUGUCUGACAAAGCCGCUCAGCAGGGCAGACGGGAAGAGGACGACGUUGUGGAAAAACUGAAUCUUUUCCUGGAUUUGCUGCAGUCGUACAGAGAUCUCUGCGAGCGGCACGAGAAAGGCGUCCUGCACGAGCACCAGAGAGCUCUGCACAAGUACGGCAUGAUGAAGAGGCAGAUGAUGAGCGCCACGGUGCAGCCCAAAGAGCAGGCAUCGGUGGAGCAGCUGGAGUCCCGCAUCGUUCAGCAAGAAAACGCCAUCCAGACCAUGGAGCUGCGUAACUACUUCUCCCUGUUCUGCCUCCACCAAGAGACGCAGCUCAUCUUCAUCUACCUCCCGAUCACGUCCCACAUUCUGGGGGCUUUCGUUAACUCCCAGGUCCAAGGUCACCGAGAGAUGGGAGCGGUGUGGAAUGAACUCCAGCCGAAGCUCGGAUGUCUCUUUGGGGUAAAUAACGGAGUGAGACCUCCCGCCUGAGACCUGAACACACCGCCGUGGAUCUCAAACUGGAACUAAAAUAACUUGCUCUGUGAGCUCAAGGAAAGUCUUCUUUUACACAAUAUAUAAUCUUAUUUUUGUGGUUUGCUCACCAACCGUGUAACUGUAAAAGGCCGUGGGUCUGUUUAACGCCAUGCUUGAUAUAAUGCUACUUCAUCAUGUUGGACGGGGGGGAUGCCAGUGUGUUAAUGCAUCUCAUUUCAUAAAGCACCUGUUUCUAACUUGGUCAAAGUUGUAUACACUAAGAUAGUUGAAGAACAUUAAGAGUGACAGCAAGUCUUGGUUUAUUAAAGAUGAUGUAAAUCUCCAGUCAUGAAGUUUUUACUCGUAGAAUAACUUUAGACCAAUGUGUUUUUUUUUCAUACAGAUUUGAGUUCAUCAGGGAGUGUAGCAGUGGACUUUAUAUGUUCUUUAUGGACAAUUGUGACAUUUAUUUUCACUUUUGCAGUGUUUAUACUUUUAUGGAGAGCAUCAUAUUUGCUUUCUCUGCUUAAAUUGACUCUGUUUUAUUUUGUUAGCCACAAAUUAAAAGGGAUUUGAGAUUCGCUGAUUAACAAUUACAACUUUUACUACCAGUGGCAUAAUAUCAAUAAUACCACUAUAAGCUUCUGAUUUACUACCAAAGAGCAAUUAUAUAACUCUACACAGCGGUGCAAUACAUCAUGUAACCGGAUUCCUGUGUUAAAUAAUAACCACCUUUUAAAAAAAAUUUCUUUCAUUUUCACUUUAAGAUCUUCCGUCCAUGUCACUUUAUAGAUGGAGGCUAUUUUUCACAGAGAAAUCCUAAUUUAAAUAAAUUUGAUCACGUAUCGAUCCGGUUAUUGUUGAAUUCCCCUUCUGCUUUUUGACUUUCUACUUGGAUAUUUGGCAUGAAAACAAUCGUGCACAUUCAUGUCCGUCCAUUCAUAGUUUAUCAGAACAUUAUGUAUUUUUCUCAAUAAGAAAAAGGGACAAGUUGCCUUUAUGAGUUCUCGCGUCACCUCACAAACUGAUAUCGUCUCAAAUACACCGAACUGGCAGAAAUGAACAACGCCAACAUGCAAAUCAGGAAAUGUGUUUAUGAAGAAACUGUGAUGCUGUUCAAACGGUAUGCAAACAAAUGUAUCUGGAAUUGCAUAACUAACCUGCACAGAAUAUGAAAUCCAAUAAAAGUAUUACUGUAAAUACUGUAAAUAUAAGUCCUUGCUGAAUUGUGUUUAAAAUCAAUGAUCCUGAAAAUAAAAUGACAGAAUGGAUA